AUGCACGACGCGGCGCACCUGCUGGCCUGCCUCUCGUUGAUCUUCGAGUGGCUCGAAGAAGCGUCGUCGGGCCCUCAAGCCGAACACGACCGCCAGUCGCUGCAGAACUCGCGCGCCAAGUUCGAGGAGGUGUGGCCCGACUACCUGCCUACGGAGCGGGAGGAGGUCGUCGAGCAGCUCCUGAUCAGGCUCUGCAGGUCGUACUGCAUGGGCUUUGUCAACACCAACACGAGCGCCUACAGCCACAUUAACAGUCUCGUACAAGCAGGUCACGCCCCGAGUGACUCGCUCUCGCCUCGAGCGAGCGCCAACGCCGCUCUCAAGAUCAAGCUCGAGGUCACCAAGAUCGUCGUCGUAUUCUACGCCAAGGUCGACGAGCCUGUCACCAAUGGCGAGCGGGCGGCCCGAGCGAUAAAGUGGGCAGCUGGGCUCGUCGGUCCGAGCGGCAUCACGGCGGCCAAGCUCGCGCGUUUGGGCCAAGCCGGCGCGCUCAUCGUGACCGGUAUGCUCGCCGAGAUCGCUCGUCGAGCAGAAGCGGCGGGCCGGCAGCACGCGUCCUUGCCCAACGUCGAGGUGCCUUUGCCGAGCGCAGAUGGCCUUAUCAAGCAAGCGCAGAUGCGCACGCAGCUGGCGUCGUCGCGCUUCGACCACUACGUCCGCCUCCUUCGCGCGACCGGCCUGCUCUACUCGGUCGACAACGGCUCGAACAUGACCGCCGCCGCCGACAAGCUCACAGAGUCGACGUUCAUGUCGUCACACGUCCGGCUCGUCGAGACCGCCGACCUCGACUUUGCGCGCGUGCUCAAGCCCGAGCAGCGACAGCGAGUGGUCGACCACGCUCGCGACGUCGUCUACCAGGUGUGCGCCGACUUUCACGAUGCAUGUCGCACGUUCCUUCGCGACUGCCCUCAAGCGCUUGUGAGCGGACGGCCGCUCCCGCCUGCGCCGACCCUGCCCGCCGCUGAAACAGUCCUGAGCAACCUCACGCGUCCGUUCUACAUCCCGCACGCCUUCGAGCCUCCCUCUCGACCACCAUCGGUACGGCGCCCCCUUGCGCCCGCGCCACGCCUCAACUCGCACCAGCCUAAGCAUCGAGCUGCACACCGGGUCCGGCACCCGCACGUCUGGCGGCCGUAUUCGCUCGCGCACUCGAGCCUGCAGGACGGAGCGGACGGUCGCGCGACAGGCUGGGCGAGUCGGGAGCCGUUCCUUGCGUAG